GUGGGGGCUUUGUUGACACUUUUGAUUGACCUUUCGUUUCCCAUCCUGGGGAAUUUGAUCAAAAAAUUUUAAAAUUUGUCAAAUCCCCACCCCUUGCCCGCACUCCCCCCCACGGGGUUUACAUUGAUAGGUGCAUAACUUCUCUAGAAAUUUGCACUGGAGAGCACUAUCCUGAAACUUGAUUUCUUUGCCUUUUCAAUCCUUUGUAAAUAUACAAUAAACAGCAGGUUUUUCUUACUAGCACCUACAAUAAUAUAUAAUAAUAUAUGUAAUAAUUAUUACUGUGCAUACUCCAUGCCCCAGUCAUGAUCAUGAUGAUCAUAAAUAAUGAUAAAUCCGAUGAUAAAUAAUGCUCUUUCAUGACCAGAACUGUAUUCAGUAUUAAUUCGGUAAACCUUUUACAAGUGUAAUUUACAAGUAUAUGUAUUGUUUUCAGACUCUAAAACAAUGCCUACAUUAAUUUGUAAAUUGCACGGGUAAAAGUUUUAUUAACCUCUGAUUUCUACUGUUCCUUGAUUGUUUUAUUCAAGUGAGGCAAUGCGAGUGUCUGACUAGUAGUUUAUUAUUUCUGCCAUUAGUUAGUGCCAUAACCUAGUUUCAUUUUCAUUCAUCUACAGAAUUCCUGGUCUAGUCCAACUGGAGACUCGAGGCCAAGUCCUCCAAGGUACGUUUAGUUUUUGGGAGAAAUUUGAUGUCUUUGGAGAAUUUCCUUGACUUAUUUGCUCUUGAUUGCAUAUUUAGUUUCAAGGUAAAUCAGCUGUAUAAGCUGAACAUCCGUUACUUGAUAUUAAUUUCUUGGUGCUUGUUUUGUUUGCAUGUUUGGAUUUUUUUGUUGAUCAUUUGGUAAGUCAAUAUUCAUUCUUGUAUUUUGUAGAAGUCCACUGCUGCCCAAAUCACCGGUCAGUUCUUCUUCUCCUUGGAAUAGUAAUUCCAGUACUCGCGGGCUAAGAAGAGGCUCCUUUGAAGGUGGGUUGUUGUUGACUGCCUGAUCUCCCUGAUUUAUUUUUUUUAUUAAAAGCUGACACCGUGUUACCGACACCAGUGUACUCUAAGUACAGUACCCACCUUCAAGGAAAAUUUACAAGCUGACUUUCAAACCAACUUUCUCAUUGUACUCAACCUUGGGCACCCCUCUACUUUAAAAAAUAGUGAAAACCCUGUAUAUGCAUGUGACUGAGUCAAUACUAUACUGAAGGGCCAGAAGCAAUUUUUUUAUCUGGCAUUUCCGUGAGUCAAUGAAAAUUUACAAGUCACACUAGGAAGGUGAUAGGAUAACGUUAAAAUGUAUUUAAUAAGUUGAGUCACAAUUCCCUGCAUAAUAAUAAUUGCUUACACCUGGCAACUUGAAAUCUUAGAGUCAGCCCUGAUUGGGUUUUUUGUUUAGGAUCUUUGCUGUGACCUACAUGCAUAUGUAUGUAUUGUUUUCUUGCUCACAGAUGGCGUAGAUGCACAACCAUCAAGUCCUCGAGUUGUAAAUGGAGAGUAUCCAGAGGUAGGAGUGGUCAAAUUUAAAGUAUCAAAAAAAUAAUCAUGUAUUUGUUGUGUUUUGAAAUCAAAUUGACACCUACUACAAAACUGAGGCUUUAUUCAGGAUCACAUGACCUGUAUCUAUGUGGUUGUCCAUACUGCACUUGGAUCGCGAUUAAUAGUCCCAAUUACUGUGUACACGGUUGUGCCAUUUCGCCCUACCAGAUGCCAUUUUUGAAACUUAAGCUUAGCAGGGAGGACAAAGCUAUUAAUUGACCCAGAAGUACAUGAAACAAAAACUGUGUGCAGACAGGGACCUGGUGCCCACUUUAGUGGUUGAGCUCAGGAUCUUGACCUUGUACUCGUGCACUUUGCCUGUACCUGAAAACCUCAUGUGGAGGACAGUUGGGCCUUUGAACUUCAGGAAACCACAUGUUUAAAACUCCAUUGUCACUGAUCACGUUGAGAAAGCUGCUCUCACAACUUCAGGAAUACUUAUCUCAGUUAAUUUUGGGAAGGAAUAAGCUAAGCCUCUCCAAGGGCAUGAAAAGAUAUCUAGUUGAUCAGAUGCCAAUGUUUUGAAGCUUAAAAAUUCAGUAGUUUGGCAUCAGUUCCAGCUGGAAGUGGACUUCAUCAUUUUGCCGGUGGCUAAUUUUUCCUGCCUUGUUCUCUAACUUUAGUUCUAGUUUCUGGUUGAAUAAUUAUUUCAAAAACAAAUAACGCUUUAAACAGCUUGGGACAGCAGGAAAAUAUGACAUGUUGCUCAGUUAACAUACAUGUAUCUUUUAAACUCUUAUUGAAGAAUUAAAUGUUUAGAUUUAUUUUUUGUAUUUAGGGGCAAAUUGAAGCUGCGGUAAUAUUCCUCUGAAUUUCUUCUAUAAGUACAAACGAUCGAUGCUCAGAUUUCAAUAACAACCACGGCCACACAGAGGGUGGUCUGUCUGUUGCCCUUCCCAUCACACAGCUCAGUGAGGUUACCACCCUCUAAAACUAGUAUUCUCUGAUCUCUAUAAUGCGGUCUAGGAGUGAAAGGGUUUAAUCAAUUUUUAAUGAUGGCAAGAUUAUGCCAAUUUCAUGUCUACGUACAUGUAGAUGUUGCAACCACCACUAAUCAGUAAGGCAAUUUAUUCACAUACUCUUAUGCUUUCAUUUAAUAUACAGAUGUGCCACAUGUAAAUUUGUCCAGCUGUUUUGUUAUUGUUGCAUAGCUUUCAGUCACAGACGAAUCCAGUUUUGCAGCUUGCAUAAUAUAUUAUUUACUUGCAUGUUAAAGUUGGAAAAUAAAGAGAUUUGGCUGAUUUUCCAGGAGCAAGUGUUUGUUACCCAUGUUGAAAGUCCUGUCAUGUUUUGGGCCCAGGUAAAGUACAUCGUGCAGUGUAGCUAGGCUAAUACAAAUGUUUUACAUAUGUAUCUAUCAAGAAUAAUUAGUAUUCAUAAUCAUUAAUCAAUUUUGUUCGCACACUUCAAGAUGGAAUGCAGACUUACCAUUUUAACUAGUACUUGCCUUCCUUUUAUAAAUCCACCCAUAUAGAAGUUGUUACUGUUCAGUGAACAUUGCAUUGCCCAGUGGAGGGUGGGUGCCUUGAAUGUUUCCCAAGCUAACAAAAUGAGCACCUGUCACACUGACUAAUCUUUGAAGAUAAAAUAAGUGGAAAAAAAUUAAAGGGAUGGAGGGUGGUAGUAGACAUAAGGUCCAGUGGCUAACUGGAGCUCUGUGGCUACCAUGAACACAGUGCCAAGAACUUGGAACUGAUACAACCAAUCAUACAAACUCAAUCUGGUAACUAAAUCAAACUUCUGUUGUAAGACUGCAGAUCAUAAAACAGCACAAUCGAUCCAAAAGAUGAGUGAGGACCUACAGGUGUACUGCAGGAACAAGCCCCUUCUACAGUCCACACCAUUUAUUGGCAAGGUAAUUGUUAAGGUUCAACUUUAUCCUUGAAUGAAGUUUUAUUUUCCUUUGUUUCAACUUCAUUCUUUAUCAGUUCCAUACCCAGAAACACUAAACAAGAAAAUUUAAACCGAGAAUAUAAAUUUUGAACCAUAGUAUACAUUGCAAAUAAUGUAAUUUUCCAGGGACUUCGAAGCUUCAUUUGCACAUUGCUUUAUCGCGUGGUUAUUUCAGGAUAUUAAUAUAGCCAACUUAACUUAUACAUUACAUGCAUGUGCCUGUACUGAUAGGUUACUUUCUUUUUAAUUUGUCCCAGGUUUAUGGAGGGGUGUACUCAGAGGAUAAAAAGUGGUAUCGUUGUCGAGUCAAAGAACUUGUCGGGGAGGAUAAGGUAUCUCCUCCAAACCAAUAAUUUACUUUUUUUUCUAUAUUUGCGAGUGGAUGGAAUUCUUCAAAAUGAUCCUGAUUACUUCCAGGAACUGUUGAUCUUUUCUGAUAAUUUAUUGUCUCUGCUAACCCGGGCAGAAUCUUCUUGGUGUCUUCAUUCACAAGUUAAUGUUGUUUGUGAAUGAGCAAAAGCCACGAUUUCAUGCAAUAUUGUUUUUAACGCGAGCUCAUAUACGCACUAGCUGUGUAGGAAACAGAUCAUUUUAUCAUCCAGUGAAAAUAUCAAUCAAGCAAAUCAGCUGGGAAAACUGCUAAAAUAAGUUUUAAAGGGCUCCAGUUAUACACUGUUUAGAUGGUAUCUGUACUUGUUUUCUAUGUAGUUCUCUUUUCCACUUUUGCAGCAAUCUAGAACCACUAGUUUUUUAUUGAAUUUUAGACCGCUAGUUUUGAACUUUUGAAAUUAAGUUUUUCAUCAGUGAUUACAUUAAUUUAGCUUAGAAGCUUGAAUAAACAGCACAAUCAAAUUAUGGGUCUUGUGAGCCUGUCACACUGACCUUCCCAUUUGCUGUCAAGACUUGAGAGCUAAUCACUACAAUACCUGUCUAAUGGCAGACACAGGCAAGUGGAAAAAGUUAGUGUGAUGUCUGGGAGUUAAUCUAGUUGAAUGCAUAACAGGUCUCACAGACAGUCCAUAAUCAGUUUCUGAUUCAUUGGCUAUUAUCUCAUCACAGCCUCUGUCACUUCUUGUAUCGUCAACUCCAACCUCAGGUUCCGCUUCAAAAGCAGGUGAUUGUGUAAACACAAUGGUGAUUCGAAAUUUGCCGUUGUCAUCUGCGCGUUGUUGUUCAACAGCAAAUCUGAGUCUCCUAGCUCUUUUUUUCAGUUCUUGGCUGCUCAGAUGCCAGUUUUUCACUUUUGUACUGGCAUGCUUGUCAGCUGACUCACUCAAGUAGGCUUGUUUGUCUAAUUGCUCGGCCACCUUAUGCACACUUGGGUGCUUUGAUGGUCCUCUAUCUUGUUUCUCUCCAUAUGGUUUGAUCUUUGGAAAGCACUCAAUGUUUACACUAAUGUAGCCUCAUUGGGUGAUGGUUUUGUUUUGCUCUGCCUGUCUUGCCUCUUUUUGGGAGCCUCAGAUUUCUUUGCCAGUCUCUCCGUGGUUCUUUGCUCACUGAUGUGUGGUUCUCUUCCCUCAUUGGUGUCUGUAAUCUGGCUGCUUUUACCUUGGGUCUCUUCCAGUUCUACCAACCAGUCAAUCAGCUGCCAGGGUUCCAUCCAAACAUAAAAUAGAAUGGGGAAUAGCCAGUCGUAGAGUGUGGUGUUGUGUUCUAUGCAUAACAGAGGUCCUUCAGAUGCGCAGGCAAUCUCUUCUCAGCAGGUAGGGUUUGCAGCAGCUCAUGCAAGGUGUGGUUGUAUCUCUCACAAUCUCUCCAAGUCCCAGUGGACUUUGUGGGACACUCCAUAAACCAUGAACCACUCUUGAAUGAGGGCCGCAGCAGUGUUCUCCUUAUCAGGUGGUGACCGGUAAAAUUUCCUGCCUGAAGCAACAUUUCUUAACGCCUGCAACGGCCUUAAGGUUUACUAAAAUUAAAGAAGUACUUUCAAGAAAUACCCACGUUGUGAUUUGAUGCGAUUCUCACAUGCCACAAGGAAAUGAAUGAAUGUAUGGACGGCAGAUUUGAGUAAAAACAGGUCUUUGAAUGAGGGAAUGACUGCCUCGUACCAAGAUGUCUCUCUCUUGAUAGGAAUGCAAAAAACGAAGGGCCCGAGCAGGAGGCAGAGGAAAUGAUGUUUCAGAGAACUUAGUUCCUAAAUUUCCCAGCAAGGGUGGGGCCAUGUCCCACACUCCACUACCCCCUGCCCCCAGAAAAGUGCACCUCUGGUGCACAUUUUUUGCCUUACCAGCUAUGAAUGGUCCCUCACCUGCUGAGCUAAAAUUAAGGGAGAACACUGCCUUAACAGCUUUUUAGUGUCUGAUUGGGAUUGCUACCAUGAACGUUGAAGACAUCACUCAGCACCAACACAUUCUCUCGCCCAUCAUACAGUACACAGGUUCCAGUUGUACAAUAGCUAUGGCCGGAACUUCAAAUGGCUUGGUAUCUUUGAGAGUUCUCGCCCACUUGAUAGGGUCCCUUUGCUACCACACAUAACUCCCACUCCAAAACCCAGUGUUUCACUUCUGCAUGCAUCCCUGGCCACAAGCACUAUUGCCACACAACUUGCUUUGUUCUUUCUGACCCCUGGUGUCCAAAGUUGUUUGAGCUGCCUUUAGGAACUAACUUUGUGGAUUACUUACAUGUAGUAUUAGCUGUCAUCUCUUACACACAGUCCUAAACAGCAGAAAUCAUUCUCCACAAUGAAGCCCAAGUAGCUCACCAGUUGUAAGGCUUCUUGUGUAUCUUUCUUCCUUUCUUCUGAGUAGGGCUCUUUCUCGAGGUCCAGGUAAUAUUUCAGUCUUCCUUCUGCUGCAUCCUUCUGUUGCAAUCCAGAAAUCUGAUCCUUUGGAGUGUAGGGAAGGGAGGUUGCCUGCUGAGCACGUUGGUCUGCUGGUAUCCUCACUCCCAUUACUCUACGCAGAUAGCAUCCUCAAGUAAUCCCAGCUGCACUCUCUCAGAUUCUCUGAUGGUAUCAGCCAUGUUGACGAGCUUCGAUUCCCAGCAACAUGAGUGGUUUUCUCAUCAGUAUCUGUUGUGGCAUCCUCUUUGUUUUCAGUGUUGUUCUUGGAGUUGUGUCUGGCAGCUGAGUACUCUUACUUGAAAUUGAAGCUCAUUAGUUCAGCUGCCCACUGUGUUUAAGUGCCUUCAGCUUGCUCUUGGACUGUAGGUGGGUUAGUGGGUGUACACCACGACCUCGCAUCUUUUCUCAGAUCCUAGCAGGUACAUGUACUCCAGGAAUUUCUCUGCUACAGCCCACUUUAAUGCUAGAAGGUCCAACUUCAUGGAAGGGUAAUUUUUCAUCUCCCUUUGCCAUCCUGCUUCCUAGCCCUUUAUCAGAUUCAUCAGUUUUACAAUACACUAUAUGGUUUGGAGUAGUUGGUGGAGACCAACACUGGUGAACUUGUGAGGGCAGUAUGUAUAUCAGCAAAGGCUGUCUUGCACUCUCUCUCCUGACUUACACUGCCUUUCUUCUUACCCUUCCCGUAGAUCUUGGCCACCAGCUGAUAGAUUGAUGCUACUGUCUGUGUGAAGCUGGAGACGAACCCUCAGUAGAAGAACCCUGAGAAUAGCCUGGCGUCUUUCAGUGCUCUUGAAUUAUGCUGUUGUAAUGCUACGGCUACAUUUGCUGGAUAUUUCACAUGACUUCGAAGAACUGACACUGUAGGCCGUGCUCCUUAGCGGCUGAAGGACUUGCUUGAACCAUGUUAGGUGGUCUGCAAUUCUGUCACUGUACAGAAUGAUGUCGUGCAGGUACACUAGGAGAAUCUACAGAGGGCUUUGCAAUAAAUUGUCUGCACCAGUCUCUAAGAGAUGGCAGGUGCAGUACACAACCCAAAUGGCAUCCAAUAUACUCACACAGGCUCCAUUGGGGUGGUGAACACUAUCUUGGGUUGUUCUUCUGGUUUUACCUGUACUUGGUUGACUGUAUCAGAGUCGUCAAAAGUAGUCAGCUGCCAGCAAAAAUUGCUGCCUACCUGUUUAGUAUCAGCCAGCUACUCUGCUUGGUAUUUCUUUACAGAUUGUGUCGUUGAAAUAAAAUAUGCGUGGACUGGCCGCUUACUUUGACUACUCAGCUGUCUACUUCAAAACUUUCUGACAACCCUACAGUAUACUGAUGACAGGUCAAUGUCUGAGAAGUAUGGUGCCAUGCCAAGUACAUCAAGUGAGACAUCCGUCCUUGACAAGAGAUACAUGUCUUCCCUUCUCUUCACGAAAAGGGGUAGUAGUCCAUGCAUAGGCAGAGAGGUACAGACCUCUUGCAUACUGAUAUGAUCAGGGAUGCAUAGUUGCCCUGACUGGGUCUGAUAACCCCUUUCUCUUGUAACACCUGUAAAACUCUUCUUCACUUCCCCGAGAACACAUCAGAAAACUCCCAAGGAUCCCCUUGGCCUCUCAUUAUCAGAAAGAUUCUCCAGGAACACUCCUUCAAGUAGAGUUUCAGUGUGUUGUCACUGUUAAGCUCUGCUGUGAGUCUGUGAAGAUACCUCUUGGCAGUGUAAGUCAAGAGGAGAGUGCCUCCCGCAGCCUGUGCCAGCUGCUCCCUUGUUACUUCUGCUGCUGGACUGUACCAUGGUAUGUCUUACGCAUCAGGGUGACACCUCGAUUUGUCAGGUUGAUCAGCCAGAAAAUGAAACAUGACUUGGAUGUCUCCACCAAUGUAGUCGCCACUUGGAGACUUCUUAUAAGGGGUUACUGAGGGGUUCCACCAUUUGUUUGUGCCACUGGUCAAACCUGUGACAUCAUUGUUUAUUCCUGAGUGAGGCUGUUUUCUUUGACCACUAUACAAAUGUAUCUUUUCCAUAGGGUAUUGAGAACCCAACUUACAUGUAUUAGCAGCUAGGGCCUGCUCCUAUUAGCAGGGUUUUCAAAAUGAUUUGAAGUAGCCGGAGAAUUAAAGUGAGUAGGCGGCACUCGGGGCCGGAGGCCCCCAGGAGGCGAGGGGUCUGGGAGCCGCCUAGGCCCCCAGCGGGGUUCAGGGGCAGCGCAAGCAAAACGGAUUUGAGGUUUUCGCGCUAGCUGAAAUUGGCUCUCCCGAGAGCAAUGCUAACAAUCCUGAGUAUUUUGAAUGAACAUCAUCAAUUUUUUUUUUAUUCCGCAUUUCAUCAUUCUCUUAGAUGCCAUAUCCUAGUACAUGUUAGGUCCAUAUUUGUUUGUUUACAAUAAUAAUGUUUACUAUUUCUCAGAUUUUUUUAAUGAUAACAGAUUAAGAGUGACAAAAUUACCGUCAGCAAUGCCGCCGUCAUGCAAAGCAAAGGAAAAAACAGACGUAAAAUCACCGGAAAGAAAAAACUUACUGUUGGUCAACAAACUCACCUUCACUUCUUGCUCUUUUGCUAAAAAAGUUGACCAGAGAGGACUGUCGUUUAAGCCAUUUUCUCAUACAAACUCCGAAUAUACAAGUUUCCCAAGACCACAUGUGGAUUGAGCAAGUGUAAUAGGAUACCAAGAGCGGGAAUUUUUAUCUGUUUCCUUUGGUUGCAUUGUGUUAUCGGCAUGUGCGCAAGUCAAACUUUGAUGUAGAAUUAAAAAUGCUUUUCUUACGAGCGAUUUUCUGUAUAAGAAUGAAGUUUCAGACAACUUUCCUUGGAAGAUACAUCACAACAAAUUUCAUUUCUCCACAUGUAUCAUUCACGACUCUUAUUGGCAUCAAUCCAUGAAAAAAACGAAAAUGAUGUUCUACACAUCUGAUAAAUUAACCAACGUUUUCGAAUGCGUCAUGUUUGUCAGCCAAUUUCAUGUACAUUGUUAAGUAGGUACUUUAAUACAUUGCAUUACAUUUGAUUCGAUUUCAAACGCAAACUCAUACCAGAUGAGUGCGAAAACCACUCGAAAGCUUUCGCGUGUCUUUUAUUCUUCUUUGUCAACAAAGGAUUAUUUUAAAGACUAUGUAAACAAACCCGUUGCAUGCAUCAACGCUAUUUUUAUUCGCUUUGUUGUAUCAUAUUACGGCUGCAGAAAGAAGUAAUCGGGAGCGGAUUAGAAAACACGUUUCAAAAUCACGAAAAAGAACAUCCAGGAUGUGAUGAAAACAAUUUCUUUUUCUAUUCUAUUUUCUACUUUACAACUUUUUUUGAAUCCUCUAUUUUUCCCUUUUCUCCAGCAAUUUACAGCCGGCGAAAACCUCAGAGUAGCCGGUGAUAGCGUCGGUCGCCGGCGCAUUUUGACAACCCUGUAUUAGAUGAGAAUAAGAAGCAGGGAACAAUACUUUAGCACAUAUCAAAAUAAUAUAUUUGAAGAUGUGCUGCCAAACCAUUUCUUCCAUAGUAAAACACAGUGGUAGGAUGUUCUUUUCUUGAUUUUACCAUUGUAAGGCAAUAAGCGUUAUUUAGCUGAUUAAAAAUAAUCUGCGUAAAGAUAACCACAAGAAGCUUGCUCCAACCAAUGCAUUAUUUUUGCCAAUUAUCAACUUUGUCUCAGGUUUACAUAACUGUCUCCAAUUCUCUCAACACCCUCUCUCAUGUUUACAUCAGGCUAUGCAAACACAGAAAACGAUUUCUAUUGCCAAUAUUCUUUUUUAUUAUUGCACGUUGUGAGUCUAUCUUUAUAUAUUUAGAAUGACAAGACGGUUUUGUGUUGUUACCUUGUUCAUCUUGUUUAUAAAAUGUAGGUAAAAGUGCAUUUUGUGGAUUUUGGCAACACAGAAGAGAUCAGUCUGCGAUCAAUAGUCUUCCUUUCCCGCGACAUUCUGUCUUUGGUUCCCUUUGCUCAAUUGUACUGCCUGGAUGGUGUCACAACAACUAACAGUGAACUGUUUGACAAGGUAUAAACACACAUGUAUUUUGAGCCAAGCGUGUAUGUCAAUCCCUUAUAAUUGUUUUUAUGUGAAAAAGGGUACGUUGUUAUAAGUUCAGCAAGCAAUGGGCAAUUCCAGAAAAUAUCCAUACCCAACCACGGACGGCUUCCAUGUUUUAACCCCCCCUUGCCUUCAGAAAUUCCAAAAUGUGCUACCCCCCAUGCCCUCAGAAUUCCAUAGUCGUGAACCCCCCCUCCCCUUCAGAAUUUCCGGUUUUUUUUUGGAAGUACAUUUUCGACUUAGCAACGCCUAUAAGAACAAAUGAACAUGAAUUUAUGCCUCCUCAAGGCUGUGAUCUAGCGGCGCCAGGUGACAAGCUUUACUCUUCAGUGACAAGAAAAACCUAUGCUAGUUGCCAGGCAGUGCAAACUCCUUUUUAAGUCCGAAUUUGGCUAUAAAAAUAAACACCACUUAAGGUAAUUUUACUCCUCUUUGUUUUCUUGAGCUGUUUUGACGUUUACAAAGGAAAAUAGCUCAAACAGACUAUUAAAAUCUUUUGGCGGUCAAAUAUGCCGUCGAGUCGUGUUACGUCCUUUUAUACAUCAUGUAGUGCGCCCGAAAAGCGUUCUAAUCUGACAGGCGUUCCUUGGAAGUGAGGGACUGGUUCGAGUUUUUUACUGUUUAUCGGACGGGAGUAACAAGAAAUUUGCAAGCGGUAUUAAAAGAUACAUUUUCAGUUUUUAUUCACGUGACAAGAAAUUCAUCAAGUUAAAUGUGAAACCAACGUUUUACUGUUCACUUCUAUAAGUUAUGAGCGUAAACACGUGUCUGAUCUAUCGAUGCUUGUCUUCUGCUUCCGCGGUCAUACGUUCGUGGUUUAUUUACGAACUACAAAAGUCCACAACAAUAGCGUUUUCCAGGAACUUACUCUACACUUUCUACUCCAGAAAUCCCACCUGUGGAAUUCCCCCAUACCUUCGGAUUUCAAAUCGUAAAUACCCCCCCCCCAUGCCUUCAGAAUUCCAUAAUCGUGAAUCCCCCCUCCCCUUCGGAAAUCCUUAAAGCCGUCCGUGGUAUGGUAUGGAUAUUUUCUGGAAUCGCCCAAUUUGUGAUACAAUGACUGUAUGUUCACUCAAGAUACAAUGUAUUUUUCCCACAAAAAGUGAAGCAUAAUAGUUGUAAACUUACAAUACAAUACAAUACAAUAACUUUAUUUAAAGAGGGAAGCGCAAUAACCUGUUACAGUUUUCUAACCUACGGCCCUCACAAAAAUAGAUAAAUAGAUAAAUAAAUUUAGAAGACUGAAAACAAAUAAAUUUAUAAAUGUAUAUAUAUACACAAAAGAGACAAUAUUUAAAGUAGAAUAGGCUAUAAGCACGUAAUGAAUAAUAUAUAAAUCGAUGAAGGGGGGCAAAAUAUGUACUAUAAAUGAACAUGUAUACAUAUAUACAUAAAUAUAAAUUAAAAGACGUAAUAGUGGUUGUAGUAGGACUAUGAAAAACAGUGACAAUGAAUAGAAUAGCGGCAAGUCGAGCACAGUAGAUCCUCCAAGUGCUCGGCCGAUGAUAGGCGUGAGAAAAACAGACUUCGUAAUUUAGACUUAAGAGAGGAGGGAAGAAAUUUAAAUAUCACUGGAGAAGAAGAAAUAGAAAACUCUUUUAAGUCUGAACUGAGGUCAUUAAAAAGUUUAGUAGCAGUAUAGGCCAAGGUGCGUUUCCCAGAGUUGCUACAUGGGCAUGGCACCUUUAAGUCGUAGAGAGAGGCUCUUGUAAAACGGCCCAGAGGUCCACGCGAAUCACAAAGAAAUUGAAAUCUGUUCCUGAGAGAUUUAGGAGCAUUUGGAUUAAGGAGUACGAUGAAAAGAAGAAAAAGUUUCCUGUAUUUAAUAAGAUCAAAAACGGGAAUCCAGUUAAGUUUUAAAAAUAAAGAAAUAGAAGCCUGAGAGAGGUCGGCAUACAUGUAUAUAUGCUUACAUGUAUAUAUGCAGACUUUUUUAUGCUUUCUUUUGACAGCUUUAGUGACUCUUAUAAUCUAGAAUCUGGUCUCUUACUGUUAUGGAACUCAUUUUCUGUACUUGCAGGGUGUUGAGGUACUACACAACCUCACUGCUGAUAAGCUACUAACAGUGAAGUUAAAGGAAACAAAAAAGGCAUUAGAUGGUAUGUGCACAAAUGUUAAUACAUGUACCUGUUGCUAGGUGCACAGGUUACAAGUACACUGCUAAAUGGGUUGCUGCAUGAGACAUCCAGGAGUUUCCAUUACUGGCAGCAAGCUCCUAAACAAAGACUGUUGCCGGUGCUAUGGCUUGUAAACCUGGCAACCCAGCUGCCAUGAGCUCCAAUGAAACAAGGAGGACAGGUCCCUGCCACACUUAAAAUGGUUGGUGUAGGGUAAGGAUGCCCUUGAUCAAGUAAAAGAUUUCUUUGUUGCUUAAACACCCUUUAGGAAGAGAGCUCAUGGAGUUGUUUUUCUCUGUACGAGGGGAACACAGAUGGCGUUUGCGUCUUUCUCCUUUAAAUUGAAUAAUAUUUAACCCACACUGAUUAAAGAGAAGUCCUUUUUUAUCUUCUGUUGGAUUUUCGUUUUUCAUGUAGCCACUUACGUUUAAGACUUAUUUCAUACCUUAACAAGUCUUGGCUUUGUCAGAUUGUCUGAUACAGUGGUCUAGUUGGAGUACAUUUACGUCCAAGUUCCACAUACAGUACGCGUACAUGAGCUUCUCAUGCAUGACAAAAACAUGUACAGUGUACUAAACCCUUCACAUUAAUUUGUGGUUCUCCUUGUCUUGUACAGAACCAUGCCUUGUGGAACUAACUGACACUUCAGAUGAUGGGGUUGGCAACAUUGCUAAUGAGUUGGUCAAACAAGGUUUAGUUACAGCUACAUUUACUGAGCAGGUAUGUUUGUAUGGAAAUGUCUAUGGUUUUCUGAUGUCUUGAAUGCCACAAACCUGUGAGGUCAUGUGCUGGUCCCUAAUGAUGGUCUGUGUAUAUAUGUCUACAUAUAAUAAUAUCAAAAAGAUCACCUUUCAUUGUCAAUUAUGGGGUUAAAGAAUUCUAUUAUUAUAAACAAGGCUAGACCUUUCUAUUUCUUGCCCACUUAAAGGUCUGUCCUGCGAAGCUCUUAAUAUUCAGUAACAAGUUUCAUAAGUAGGUCAAACAUGAUUGUCCGGGUAAAACAGAAAGUAGUCCUCAAUAGGACUGUUGUUGUUGAGAGUGACUGACGUUUCGACAAACUGUACGGUAGUCAUCGUUAGAGUCAAAUUGAUUUGUAUCACGUCAGUUGAUGGUAUUAAACUUUAGUUAUUGACCUGAUUGAUCAAUUAAGUUGUGAUGUUAUUGUUCAUUUGUCAGUUAAGCCUUGAUGUUAUUGGCUAUGAAGACUUGUAAUGUCACUGGUCCUUUUCGAUCUGUCUAUUGUCACAGUGAAACAGUCAUUUAUUGUUGGUCAAAUCGUCAGUUGUUCAGUCGUUCUCUCUUUAGUUUUGCUUGAUUCCGUCAAUAAUACAUGUCACAGAGUCCCAGCUGAUUUGAUGUUUUGUCCGUAAAUGGUGCUCAGCAAUAUGAUUGUUGACGUCACUAUUUCUCAUCACUCGUUUCUGUUCGUUCAGUUGCAUGCUAAGGUUUCUGUUGGUUUCACCAAUAUAAGUAGCCUGGCAGUGACAGAAUUAGAUCUUGUAUACUGCUUCCUGUCUGUCCCAGUUUUUAUGCAACACGUAUAUUGUAAGGUUGUAGUAUACGUGCGCAGGGUGCAAAGAAAGUCAGUUUUACAGCCUGCCAUUCGGGCAAGCUGUAGCUAGCAUGUACAAGUCAUUUCAACUAGACCCAAAACCCUUUUUGAUUAGCAGGAUUGAUUACAAUCCUUCUGUAAUUUGAAUUUCCCCCCAAAAUAGCACUUGCCCGUAAGAACAAAAAUCACCAGCCCGAUAGCAAAAUCCACCAGCCUCAAGUUAUCAGUCACAACUUUCUUUGCAUGCUGAGUGCGAUGGUGUCAGAGGUGUCUCUGAUGUACGGUAUGGUCGAUGUUGUAACAGGGCCAGAGUUGACGUUGGUCUGAGUGUUGGAAUCAGUGUUUAUUACUGUGAGUGUUCCAUCUAACAAAGUCCUUGUUGGAGUUGUUUUUACUUUAAGUGUUGUUUAGGCAGUCAGUCUCGUCUUGUAGGCUGUCAGGCAAGUCGCAAACUUGUUGCGCUUAUCUCAUCAAAGGCCAUAUAGUUGUAGCAUUGUGAGAGGUCUGGUUGUAUGAUGACUGGUCCAGUAAUCUGUUGGUAUGUGUCGGUUUUCUGUUAAUGAUUCCUGAGUUCAAACCUUUCACAGUAAGAAACUGUAAUGCAAUUCGCUGUGGGUAUACACAACUUAAAAAUGUCUCUGCCAGUUGUCCAGCAAAACUACAGUAGAUUUUUAUGGGUGUUAAGAACUGUUUAUGCUCACUUGCCUAAUAGGCAAGGCCCUGAGCACAUCAUCUUCUUACCACAUGUGGAUCAUUAGCCAAGAUAAGAUGGCUGGGGUGCCUACCAUUUCUUGUGCAUAAACAUAAUUCUAUAAAAUUUGACAUUGUGGGAGAACAACCCACUACUAAAUAUAUCCAAAUCUGCUGAACAGACUAAAAAGAGGGGAAAAAUUGCAUGGGCUCAAAUCACAGCUCAUGAUUUUGAAAACUUGCCAAUAAAAAAAUUUAUAAUGGUGCAAACCAUUUGAUUUUCCAACCAGUGGUAAACUCCCUUGGUUGUAUGAUCUGGUAAGCCUGACAGGCCAAAGAAAUCUAGAAUGCUAGUCUGUCCAUCCAUUGAAGAAAAAAAGAAUCAAUUAAAUGAUGUAAAUAUGCUCUUGUUCCCUUUAACACAGGAUGGCCCACCACCCUUAUCACCAAGGUGAGGAAAACUGCCAGUUAGCAUAAGUAUGUAAUAGUAGUGUAAUGGAUGUAAUUUAGUACUCUACCACUACAAAUUGAGCUGUAGUGUGAAACAAUAACAAUUUUUUAAAGUUUGAAACUCUCACGGAGCAUGAUUGCACCACUUUUUGGUGGAUGAAAGAAAUCUAUUAUUUCCUGAGAAAUGUGAUAUCUGCAGUGAUUACAAGGGGUCAUGACUUUUUUUUAGCCAUGUACAAUGUUUUGUGGUUGUUGUUUCUUUAACUUUUAGUAAAACUUUGACCAGCAGAACGUCCCUCAGUGAAGCUAUGAUCAAAGAAAUGGAAGAAAUGCGAAAGGACAAUGAGACUCUGAGAAGUAUGGUAAAGGUCUACCAGGUAAUGGAGUUAUAAGCAGUAAUUCGUUAGGAAAACCAGGGGUCGAUUUUAUAAAACUUUUUCAUGUGGCCACUGUUUUCAAACUCUAAAACAUUAGCCACACUUGUGAAAGUUUUAUGAAAUUGACCCCAGUCUAUGUUAGUGUACUGGUAACUGAGGGGAACUUAAAUUUCAUACAUGCAUAUCAUAAAAAGCAGAAAUUCAUCAACUUGUUGGAGGAAAGUUAUGACUACCUCUGAUUUUUUCAUUGGUUUGUGACGCUACAGUUCUUGUCCUUGCUUAUUAGGAAAAGGAGAAGACUUUCGAUGAAGUGCAAAAAUUUUAUUCUGCUCAAGCAGCAAAAGACAAGGAAAACAUGAAGCAGGCUGUGAACUACAAGGUACGGUGAACAUUUAAAAAUCAAAAUGUAUUGUUUAUUGUGGUUAAUUUUUCUGUGUUCUACAAACUAUGUGUGGGUAGCUAUUGUCAUUUUAACUUUUUUGUUUGAGGUUGUUCUUGAUUGUAUCAUCCACAACACCAAAAAACCGUCAAAACAACAAGUGACAGUGUUUUGAUGCAUGUGAGACACUUUGUUUCAGUUACAGUACGGCUUCCACUGGAAUGUAUUUUUGGAAGAGUUGGUCGCUUGCUUCUAAAACUUGAAUUGAGGUGGCAGAUAUUGUUACCAAAGUGAACAAGUGAACUAUGAGUAUGAGUUUAAUAGGCCACUUUUUAGCUUCCGAGUUCCAAAACUCUCACUUUCAAGACGAGGCUACAUGUUAAACCUUUCUGAAAAUGAGUUUUAUUUGCAUGAGAAUAAAAACUUAAGAAGUUUAAUGCAAGUGUUAUAUAGGAACAUUGUGGUAGUAUUGAACCAUGAAGCAUACAGCUCUUACUUCUUCCAAAAAUGCAAUAUUUAUAUUUUUAUUUCCCAAUAAAUUGAAUGCAACACAGCAUUUUAAAUUUUGGGUGCAAAAGGCAGCUGGUGAUGUUGAUGUUUCAACACUGUAAAAUGUCAUCCCAGCUUCAGCUCUGUAGCUUUUUUUGAAGUACACAUUUCUAAGACUACCUGACCCAAAGAAAUGGCGAUCCUUGUGAAUGAGCAGUCUAAGUCAAUGAGAUAUUUCAAUAUCUGGUACCUGCCAUAUUAUCAAAAAUCAUGUUUCUUUCUGCUAAAAUAACGCUCAUUGCCAGGGGUGUUGCUCAGUUCAUUUUGCUUGUGUUCUCCUGUCAUCAAAAUGCAACUUAAGAAUGUCUCAUGCCUGGCAAAGAUAAUGUUUUUGAACAUGCAUGGUAAUACAAUAAGAAAAUCGACACUAACUUGCCAGCCAAAAGAUUCUUAGCUAUACAAGUAGUUAGUACUUCUAUGGUGCUCUAUAAAGUAGUAAUUUAUUCUUGUUUCAUUACAGUGUUUGGAGUUGGUGAGCAAAGUUUGUGAUCUUAAAAAAUUAGGUAUGCACCUUAGUUAUAAAUAUUAUGUACACUCUGGGACAUGUGUUGAUGUUAGCGUAUUCCUGGUUACAAAUUAGGCCAUGUUUGUGUUCCCUAAAACGAAAUCCGAUAUUCCUAUUUUUCCCUAAAAUGAUCGGCUUUUAGUGGGAACAAGUAGCAUCUUGAGGUUUCUUGUCUACCUAAAAGCUGUGAACAACAAAAAAAUGAUUUUGCAGCUCUUGACACAAAUUAAGAUUUUGCUUGAUUUUCUGGAUUGUUUCUGUUAAGCAUACAGCAGCAUCUGCAACCUUUUGUCAUGGGUGUGUGCAAAAAAAUUAAAGGACUUAUGAUUUAAUUAUACCUAUGGUCUUUAUUUUACAUCCUUAUGCAGAGCUGCUGCCCCUGCGCAUGGAAAAACUACUGAUGUCAUUAGAGAAGCAAUUUUGUUAACAAGAAAUGUCGGAGUUGAUUUGAAAUCCUUAAAAUCACUGCAGCAGGUAAAUAGAAAGUUCAUUUCACUCCUUAAGUAAACAAUACUUUUGCAAUAGCAAGUCCACAAAGUGGUUUUGUUUAACAUGUUCAUGAUAAAAAUGGAGUUUGCAUUUUGUUAUUGUUAGUUUUUGGUCAUAGAGGGGCGUAAUGGUAUUUUCAAUGAUUUUGCCUCAGUUUUCUUAACUGAAAGAAACUAAAAAAAAUUGUAAAAAGAAAUUAGUAGUCAGGAUUAGAUAGAAACCUUUAUUUCAAAAGAAGAGCUCUUUCAGUUUCAGUAGACACUGCUUUUUACAAUGUCUCCAUUCGUUCCAUUAAUGCUUAUUUAUUGAAAAAGUCAACAAAGUAUACUAUAAAAUGAUUCCUGGACAAACUUUAAAUAGAAUAAGGCUGUUUUUAUUUUUUUAGUCCAGUCAAAAUGUUUGUAGUAGUAAUCAGGAUAACCAGAGCAGUAGGCAGCAAAGGCAUAAACUUGUGUGGUUUUUAUUUAACAUUAUCAAGCCUUGGUACUGAGUAGGUGGUAGAUAUUCCACUGGAAGUGUGAAACUGCCAGCUGCCAGCUCAUUUUGACAUGGUUGUCCAAGCCCCUUCAAUACUCAGUUGUCAGGAGUUCAACAUCGUUUCACAUUUAGUUAAAUCGAUCAUAGAAACAUCCAAAACUUCCCGUUGCAAUAACUUGAGUAGUUUACUUAUUCCUAAAGGGACAUCUGUAGCAGCUGAGUGAUGAAGCUUUAAAAGUAUGGUCCAAUUCACUAUGGGCAGUUCUUCACUGUUCUUCAAGCUCUCCAAACAGUAGCCCUUAUAAACAUACCCACAACUGAGGAAGAAAUACUUUGCACUGGGUUUUCAAUCAUGGCAGAAACUAGAAUGUUAUAUCAUUAAUUUAUUCAGUUUGUAUUGAUGCUAAUUUAAAAAAUUAAUUUGCACCUGUUCUAGGUGAAGGAGACUGAGAGAAAACUUCAAGAAGCCCAACAGUGUUUAUGUGACUGCAAAGAAAAAGUGAGUUAAUAUGUACCCUAGGUCCUGAACAUUUGUACAUCCACCAUGUCAUUGGCAUGAAAAGAGUCAUAGUUGCACUACUGAACUUUAAGAAGUGUUAUUAAUCUAGUAAUGUCUAAACUGGGCUCAAAAUCUAGGUGCUUCCCAUUGCUCUAGGAACUGAUGGCUGACCUCAUCUCACAGCGAGACCAAGGCAGACAAGAGUUGUUUGACACCAUUGACUUGUUCCGCAAGGAAGUUGACGUGAUGCCACUUCAAGAAAGAGAACAGUCCUUACAGGUACAUUGACUUAAUAAUUAAAAAAAAAAUAACAAAAGUGUUUAAUGCUCUGCAUGUUUUUUUUUUGGCAAAAGUACCAUAACCUAGGUUUUUUCAUGUAUGUUUUAUUCAUCGCUCAGUGUAGUUUUGGAUUACCUGGGAAAGUAUAUGUAUGUGCAGUGUUUAUUUGUCAAGUUAAUAACAUCUUGCUUUGUUUCCUUCUUUUAGCAUUCACUUGGCCAACUUAAAGAGCAGAAAGGUAAAUAAUGUCUUAUGUAUUAGGCCAGAAACAGGAUUGUUACAUUUGUGUAUCAUGGCGAUUCUUUGAGACGCCAGGAUUCAUGUGAAAGCUCCUCUCGAAAAAGGCACUCUUACGUGACCCAGACAUGUACAGCGAUCUAUAGCGAACAGUUGAGUUUUCAGGUAAACUUCCUUGUAUAAGAAGAUCACGAAAGCAGUGCGAUAGUUGCUGGCCUCCUAUUAGGCACAAAAACAAUCAGAGACAAGCAUUCAAAUAAGUCGAUUAACUGGUUUGUUAAGAGUAGCAUCCCAGGGGCUCUCACCUGUUCUUGAAAACCUUUGCAAACAUUUAUCCUGACCCAACUAUUCAAAGUUUUCAAAGUAACUGUGCCUUUAAUGGAAUUUCCAAGUGUAUUCUUUAGCAACCCUCUCAGCAAACAAAACCACAUCUCUGAAAUAGCUGUUAUCCUUUGGUUUUAGGAUGUUAUUUGCACUUACAGGUAUUGGUUUGUUGGCAUGAAUGUGCAAAAUGUAUCAUUUGAGACACAAUUACGUGAGUGCCUGAGAAAAUUAACUCCUUGGAUUUUGUUAUUGGGUCCUGGAAAAGUCCUUGAAUAAAAGUUAAUUAAACCUGUAUGAACCAUGUGUAAUGGUGGACUUAACCUAAAGUGACUUUUGGCAGGGUUAUUUCAGGGUUCGCAUAGUCUUGAAAAGUCCUUGAAUUUUCUUCAACUUUUGAAUGUAGUGGCCUGGAAAGUGUUUUUGAUCCCCUUUGGUCGUCCAAGACAGAAUAUGAAUCAUAGCUCAGAAAAUUUAAAGGUUAUUUACACAAAGUGCUCAUUUAGGCUCCAUGUUUUAUGCAAUAAUUAACUAUCAAUUUAAGAGAGGUGAUGUGGAAAAUGUAGAAUCUGGUGAAGCAAACAGUUCAAGCCUUAAAGCCUUAUUAGAAUAGACUGAGACUGUGCAUUUUUGUACAAUCUGUGAAAUUAUUAUAUUCCUCGUAGGUGGUCCUUGAAAAUCUAAUGUGGUCCUUGAAAAGUACUUGAAAAGUGGUCGAAAUUUUUUGUGUGAACCCUGUUAAACAUGGCAUCAACAUUCUAUCUAAUAUCUUUCAGGAGCCCUAAACUGCAGCAGCUCAGAUGGAGUCCUCGAGAGGACAGUUGAAGCGUAUGAGGAGUGGCUGGUAUGUGUAAUCGGUUUUAUGUUUUUUUUGACAAGGUAUGUAAUACUUAUGUAAGGGCUUGAAAAACUCUCAAAUUCAAGCUUUUGGAAACUAGCUGUCACAUUUCGUUUGCCUGGGGCCACUUCUUGCUCAUCGUGGUUAAUGACCAUGUUCAAGAAUGACUCGCCUGGACCCUUGACCAUUGGGUAAGUAAGCUUUAAAAGCUAUUUGCCCAGCAAGAAAACCUACUUGUUCUAGACUACCUGACAGGUUUUUUCCGACCUCUGAAUGCUGAAGAAUUAGGCUAUUUCUGAGUUUCAAAUUCCCUUGAUUGUCAUCAUGAUUGUUUCUACUUAGUAGUAUAAGUGUAUGCAUGCAGUUAGUUAAAACUUCAUGUUUUAAAACAAAAACGAAUGAAGUUCAUGUGACCUUUGCAGGAGAGAAGCUGCCAGGACGUUGCAGAGGUCAGACAAAAGGUCAAUCAGUGCACAGAUGCUCUUACAACAGCUCUUGCUAAUUUACAGUCGGUAUGGUCCUGUUGUACGUGUCACAUUCUUAGUCCAGUUGAUUCUUUGAAGGAAAUUGCCAUUUACACGGUGUUUUUGUUUAACUCAUAAAAGUUUACUUGCAUUAUACAUUAAAAUAUACUGUUAUUCAGGAAAUGUCCCUUAAGCAAAAACAUUAUCAACUGUAGAUAAGUAUUGUAUCAACACUUUGUUGGGCAAUAAUGGCCAAUUUCUGGUCAAGGAAACUUGGAAAAGGUUUCAAAAGUUCUGUAAAUAUACAUCAUUGACUUUGAACUACCACUUUAUGCACACUGUGUGAACUCUGGCAUGAAAAGUAUGACAGUAGAAAUCAGAGUUUUUAAAAUAUCCGCAUGUCUUUUGUAAUGCCUUUUCCAGAGAGUUGGUUGGUUCACAGUAUGUGUCAGUACAUGAAAUUUUGGCAAAGUAUCCCCCCAUGUAAAAGGGAGGAGGGGCCACACGCUACUAUACAGACACCAGGUUAAACUCCCGCUAUGUGGGCCUGUUCUUGGGCUUCUCUGCACCAUUAAAACCUUAUUUAUUUUCACAGAAAAUCACCGUUUACCAUUCAAACUUAAACUGCAUGUAAGCGGCCCUGUACACAACUUAGCUGUAGCUUUUCGGCAAAAUUUCGUGUGAAACGGUUUAAGUUCCAGUGAAAAUCAGUCCCUUAUUUCUUUUUUCAAAAGGUACUGCAGAUGUCAGGAAACAACAGUGACGCAGUAGAUCAGCAUGUAGCAUUUGGUGAUUUGGAUGCACUGAUUGCUGCUCUAUCUUGUGCCAUACAAGAAGAGAUUGAUACGUCCAAGGUACAAAACAAGGUCGGGUGCAUUGGGUGGUAUCCUUUGACAAGUCAGGCAGAUUUCGGUUAGCAUAAGGUGGUAGCAGACUGCUCACUUCACAUUCACUCAAUUCGUGAUCGUCGAGAUUUGAGAAAAUCAAAUAGUUCCUCAGAUUCUGUUUGGGAAGCUCCAGGAAUUAUGAACUGUAUGGGCAGUUAUUUGAGGCAGUGCAGUGUUUGUAUGUGUGGUCUGUUGAGUUUCUUCAGCUGAUUUGGCUACAUCCCUUCUUGUAGCUCAUUGUUCUCCACUGAAGUGGCGUUAAACCCCUGGAUGUUCGUGUAUGCCAGUAAGGAAUUGUUAAUCAGACAGCUACAGUAGUUUGUCUUUUUUAUGCAGUUAGGGGGCCUUCCAUUCAACUGUUAUGUAGUUGGCUAUAAUGCAAAGGCCAAACUAAAUAGCAUUAGAAAGUACUUCUGUGCCUCAUACAUAAUAUACGUGUCUCUGCUUUUUAGAGUAUUACGUUUAAAUUAGCUUUUUGUAUUGUAGAGCUUUCUUUUGGUUUUUAGUAUGAAUUUUGAUUUUUGUUUUUUGAAUUUUGGUUGUUAAUAUAUAUUUUGAAUGCUAUGUGUAUUUUUGUUAGGUGUCGGAGGAUAAAGAAGCUAAACAGAUAGUUGGCGGUGCAAUAACAACUCUUAUCACAGAAAUCGAAAGAGAAAUUUCAUAUAUUCAAGAGCUGAGGUAUAUUAAUUUUCUCAAAAUAUAUUCUGUAACUUAGACCCAUCAUCUGCGUGCACUAAUGAUUGAUUAAUAGCCAGAUUGGUUACAUUAUUUUCAUUAUAAGCUUAAAGCAUUGAUUUUUGACAAAACUCCUGGGAGAUGCUUUUGAUUGGUUGAAGCAAAUUUCCCACUUGGCACGACCAGUCAGAGCAGAUCUGAGUAAGUGACGCGUGAUCAGUGUGGAAUUUUUGCACUUCUUUCUCACACGUCAUUUCACAGGGAAACCCGUGGUGAUGUCACGAAAACUCGGCUGUUUUGUCAAGCUAUGCCCCAUGUAGUCGAUGUACCCUUCAUUUGAGUAUCACCUGAGGGUUUAACAAGCCUAAAAUUAUCUUUUAAGGUGGGGCUUAGAAAGGUUUAUAGACUCUUUUAUAGGUAACGUAUUUUCACCUUAUGUGUGAUUUCUGGGCAAGGUCUGAAAUAACGGAUUGUACUAAAUUAAUACGGCAAGUGGUCCGUAAUUAUUGGGAAAAUAUUCUCUUAAAAAUCAGAGAAAUGACUGCUAACGCUGAUGUGACUUACACGCUAAUAUCUCAUAAAAUGUUUAAUUGUGUUUUUUUGUAGAGAUCAUUUGGUAGCAAAUUACAGAAACCUUCAGGUGGGUUGAAAAAUGAGUAAGGAGAGAGAAAGACCUUCAAACUCGGUCAAUUAAUAACAUGUUUUGUCAUUUUAGUACACAUACAGUAUUUACUCGAAAGAGCGCUUUCCCCGACUAAGGGGCACACUUGGGUCAAAAAAUGUUAUGGACUUUUGCCCCUAAAUAAACGCUCACUCAGAAAUAUUGUAUUUUUUGGCGGGGGGAGGGGGUAUUGUUAUCACAGAUUUGGAUAGAUCAUAAAACUAGAAUUUAGUACGUUCUUAUUAUGUUUCCAUCAUUUUGGAUUUAAAAAAACGAAAAGAAAGAUCAAUUAAUGAGGAGUUUUAAAUUUCUGCUGCCUCGAUAUGUGCCGCACUGCCAGUCAAAAUUUCAAGUUUGCACUGCAUCACUUUGUCGAGUAAAUAUGCAACCGUUUCUAGUUAUGGUUGUGGUUGGGAGGAUAUGUUAAAUGCACGUUUAUAAAGAUUUCCUAGAACUGCGAAGUGUUUUAUUUUACAUGGCCUGCCGUCACUGUUUUCAAGAUGGGAAUGCAGGUCACAGUAAUCUAUAGAGAGGUACUUUUUGCAUGAAAAUAAGUACAAUCUGCAGAAUCAUACGACACUGGCUUUAACCAAAUGAUGUCAACCAAGUGCAGAGAAAAAUGAAAGUUUUCCUCAAUGUAAUAGUAAAACCGUGGAAGUAAUCGCGAGCAAGCUCUCCAUUUGUGGGAUAUUGGGAGGUCACGCGCGAGCGGCACGUGAAAGCAGAUACAAGAAAGAGAGGACGCUUGCAUGCGCGUUCUCUCACAGCUCGCUUUGCUGGCCACUCAAAAUGGAGAGCUUGCUCUCAGGCUACGUGAACAAUGCUCUUGCAUAUUAAUUUUUUGGGGGUGUGGGGUUGGUCACAUUGUAUAGGCUGAUAUGACUCCUUGGCUUGGAUCUAAGCCUGAUAUAAAGAAAAUGGGAGAAGUUAGAAGAAAAAUCAAAAGUUUACGUUCAAGACUCCGUCACAGACUGGCAGACAAGAAGGACUUAGAGGAGGUUGGUCUUAUUUUAUGAAUUGAAAUAUUCGUCUCCUAUCAGUAGACUACAAGAAUUAUACUGUCUUAGAUCGUUUAACAGCUUGUUAUUUUGGUGGAAAACUACUUCUAUCCCACAGAGAUAUCAGUACAUAAGUACAUGAAAUAUGCACGUUUGUGUGAGUAUAAUUCUGAAUGGGAGUGUUGUUGAUAGUCACUGAUGUUUUGACCUUUGCAAAUUGAGCUGUGCAGUGAAAACCCGCGUGUAAGAAGCUACAUUUUUUGAAGUCUGAAAAAAAAGGUUCUUAUAGUUUAGGGUAAUUGACCCACAUACAAGAACCUGCUUGAACUUGCUUGGCAAUUGUUGGGUAUUAACCCAUUCGCCCCUGAACCGCCUGUAACCGCCCGUGCGGAUCCACGUCCGUUCUACCCUUGGUGACGUCAUGAGUUUUAACGGUCAAGGACAACUUUGUCCACUAACGUGGGCAGAGUGCAGAGAUCUUUCAAACCAGACCAGAAUGAGCACAAUUCAGUCAAGGACACCGGAGAAAGAAGCAAAAAACCAUGUGACAUUGACCUGAAAAUCUCCAUGAAAAUCUUGUUCCGUUGCUCACCUAUCUUUCCUUUCACCUACUCCUAAGGUCCUAAAAGCUUUCCUAAAACGAAGCCUACUAAAUGCCCAGCAAGAGAAAAAAAAAAUGAGCAAGAAAAGCGAAAAAAGAGGGGAGGGGAGAAAGCGAAAAGUAAAUGUCAAGACUGCUGUGUCUCGAAAUUUUGCUUCCUGCGCAUGCGAAUGGGUUAAAGUGGCAAAUCUCUACCAGCAGGUUCUUAAACCAUGCACUAUGCUCUUACACGCGGGUUUUUACUGAUGCAUCUCGUCAGGUGAUGGUAUUCAACUUUGGUAAUUGACCUGAUUGUUGUCUCUUUUUGUGUAGGGGGAUGAGGUUGAAAAUCCUGAUGAACUUCAAAAGGUAUUUACAACGUGUAGUUAAAAUUUCCACACUCAGCUGUAGCUUGGGGGAAAUUUCAGGGUGUUCGAGAAAUACAUUUCGGUAGCCAGUAAGACUUUCUACUUUUAAAGUUUUCACUGUUUCAGUCUGACAUUACAGUUUUUAAUUUUGCACAAGUUUUGUACUGAUGCUAGAAACUAGCCUGCAAAAUAGUGCUUUUCUUGUAUCAGCACUAAGAUGAACGGAACUUGAAAGGUGCAAAGCGCACCCGCGAGCAUUUCCCUUUUCACACUCUCUUCAGUGACUGCGUGUAUUCACACGACAUAACGAUGAAAACCAUUAAAUUGAAACUCCCAUAGGCAACCACACAAAUUGCCAAGGUUUGGUAAUCCCCUGUGGCUUAUCAAGAGCUCCGACUACAUUGCGGGCCCUGGGAACAUGAAUGUGGUACUGUAAUUGAGGUAGAUAGUCUAUUAUCAGCGUUGGUCCGUCAUGAGGUUAACUUAAAAGCAAUUUUUCUUUAAAAUUUCUGACUUUAAACAAAUGCUGUGAAUGGUGAUUUUGCGAUUUGUUUUCAGGUGGAGAGUGACAUUUCAGAUAUAUACCUACAACUUCAUCAAGGGUUUGAGGAAGAAAGUCGAUUCUUGGUGAGUUGAAGCGUGGCUAGUUAAAGUUUUUUUAAGUUAAUUCAUCAGUGAGAUUGAUACAGUUUCAUAAUAAUUUUUUUUUUCGGCAGGCUGAUUUGGCAAAGUGUGCUUCAAAUCACUUCCCUGAACUUCCAAUAGCUCACCCCGAACUUGGAAUAUCAGAAUUCCUUGUAAGUUAAGUAAAUUUUUUCCAUUGCAAUGAAUAGCAAUCCGGUAUGUUGUGUUCUGCAUGUCUAAAAUGCUGGUUUGUGAUGUUGUAGGUGUCCAAGGGUCUGCUGAAACCAGGCAGAGAAUUGGAGCAUUACCCACGCCACGAUUCUGUACCUUAUACAAGUCACGACAAAUGUUCAGUUAUCAACACUGAGUUUUCUGGAAAACCUUGCAUACUGAAGGUGAUUUAUCGUAGCGUUGUCUCUUUGUAACUUACGGUAAUUGGGAAAAUACUGAUCCUUCAAUUGCUCCUAAACUUAACACAGUGCAAAGUCUUUGCUUACUUUCCCCUUCUCCUCUACCUCCCCGUUUUUCGUUUCGUACUUUAUUAAAUAGAUUUACGAGCAAAUGCCGUAAAUGAUCUAAUAAACGCCCAUAUCGGGGUUAUUGUGUUGCCAUCGUUAGUUUAUCCUCAAUAUGAACUUAUCAUUGAAUAUGAUGAAAUACGCAAAACCUUCUUAAUCAAGCAAGAAACUGAAUGAAUUGAGUGAGUUUGCUCUUGCUCUUUUUUGCUAAUUCUUGUAGGGGGCGUUUAUUAGAGAGGGGCUUCUAAUACAAUUCUAACAGCAUAGAGGAGGCGUUUAUAAGAUAAGAGGCGUUUAUUUGGAAGCGUGCGCUUAUUAGGUCAUUUACGGCAGCACAUGGUUUUUUGCUUUCCUCCCCAGUCGAUUAUUAUGCUGCGAACCCAACCUUGUGGCCUACGUUUCGUUCUUACACAAUAAAAUUGCAUUUCUUGUUAGUAAUAAUACACCCUUAUUUUAUAGAAACAUUAUUCUCUUUCACUUUGUAGGAGAUAAGUUUGGAUCGAGAGUUGGGCGACAAAGAAACUUUGCAAAACCGAGCUGUUAACUUCAGAAGUGUCGGUAACCCUUUCCUGGUUCCUCUACACGCCUUUUUUGUUAAGGUAUGUAGAAAUCCUCAUUCGCCUGCGUGGAGGGUAAAAUAAAUAAGAAAUGAGGACGCGAUUAAUACUACACCAAACAGAUUUCUUCGCUAACCGUUUUUCACUUCCUACUUUAUUGAUGGUCGAGUAUUCUUCAGAAUAUUUACUAUUUAUUUCGUAUUCGACAACCUGUUUUUGAAUUGAUUGAGUACGCGUGAAUAAUCAAGGACUUCGAUUCAAGAGAAAUUGCAUCAUUGCCAGAAAGCAAAAACGUUAUAAACAUGGCGCGUCAUUUCAAUCAUCGUCCAAAAUAAACCACAUGCUCAUUUGUAUACCAUGAAAGUUUACAACACACGACCAGUUAGCCAUACCGUCGAAGUUUUGCUCAUUAAGAGUAAUUCUUCUUUUUCGACAACUGAAGUAUUUACUUGUUGCUUGAACACGCCAAUACGAAUUUUUGUUUCUUUUUCUAAACUUGGGUAAGGUCGCCCAGAAUUCAACUCUACUGAAAUGUUCUGAAAUGAACAAAUAUUUGACAUUUUAAGCGAGUUGAAAUAAACGCGACAAAGUUUAAAAUAUCGCGAAUUCAUUUUAACAGUAAGGCUUCCGUUGUGAAAGCUCACUAUUGAGGGUAUCCGUGGACGUUGGCUUUCAGUAUCCCUUUUCUUACGCUCUUUUCACACCCAUUGAGGGUCUUAAACCCCUCGGAGAUCCAAAGGAAAUUAAGAGGGAAGAAAUACUCAGGGGCAAACUCAACACAAGCUAGCUUAGUGUAACGUCUACAAGACGAAGUGGAGAGGCCCUUGACAUUUACUCUAGCACUAGGUCACUCUCUCGGCUCGGUGGUCGUCUUGUAAGUGUGGUUAUUUACAAUAUCAAAUGUAAUGAUAGAGUACAUUGAUGAAACAGCAGGGAAACUGGACACUAGGCUAAUUGAACACCAGAAAUCAGUGCAAGCCUGUGAUCUCAAGUCUACUGUGUCCAAACACACUAAGGAUUCAGGCCACUCCAUCGACUGGGCCAGUGCAAAAAUUUUUGGCCUGAAAAAAACACCUGCUUUUACGCAAGAUCUGCGAGGCCAUAAACAUUCGUACUCGGUGACCGGCAAUGAACCGUGAUCAGGGCUCCCGCCAUCCCUCAAUUUGUGGAACAAUUUUGCAGCCUCGUCAAAACGUGGCUGUAAAUAACUGCAAACGUCACUGAUGAAUGGAUCCGGAUGGGUUUCCGAAAACUUCGUGUAACUUUCAAGAAAUUUCUCUGCAAUAGCUGAAUCUUCAUUCUUUUAAUGAUUGGGUAUGGUUUUGGCUGGGUAUACUUAUGCAAGUCUUUUUAAGAUUUUACCAUUACUACUCUUUUUUAAACUGAUUUGUGACCCACAGGGAAACAGAGCAUUUGUUCAAAUGCCUCUUUUGAGGAGAGGUGAAGAAUGGCUUAAGUCUGACGAAUGUUCAUCUGAGGCGAGUAUCCAUGUAUUCUCUCAUUAAAUGAUUUUGAUCUUUUGACGAUUAUCUGAAAUAUUUGUACCUCGGACAUAUUACUCCAUACUAAACUUCUUUUCUUUUCACCUUCUGUAAAUUGAUCCAGUCGUUGUAUUAACCAUCGGAUGUUUUUUUAAAGGAUGUUGCUGUAGUCUUGAGAGACGUCUUAGAAGGUUUGAAUGCACUCCAUACAAGUGACAUUUGCCAUGGCUGUGUUCAUCUUCAAAGUGUGUUGGUUGAGAAAGUGGAUGGACAGUUUAGAGGACGACUCGAUUUUUAUCCUUUUAUCAACACGGUGCGUUUUUGUCACCAGUUUCUUUUAUUCUUUUUAUUUAAGGCCUUAUUCACAUUAAUUUGUUUGUAACGGUGUCCAAUGUUGUGAAGGUAUCAUAUUUGCAUGUGCAGUCAAAUGGUGACGAGUGAAAUUAGGGAAUAAUUUCACGCGCGUUUUGUCCAAAUCCUAAUAAUUUCCCGAGCCUUUACAACAACGUUAGCAAUCUUGGAUUUUUGACAUGUUUAUCCUGGAUCGUAUCGAUCGAGAACUCCACUCUCUCAAAUGUUUAGACCUUAAAUUUGGCUUAUAAAGUUCAGAAUUUUUCAGACUCUUUCGGCAAAAUACCCGUUAGAAUCCUUCUUAAUGUUCUCUUGUGUGUUCAGGUUUUCUAAAGCGUCUUUUUGUGUCCUGACAUCUUCAUUCACGGCAUUUUAAAACUUCGUCGCCAUCUUGACACUGAGACGUACGGAAGGGUUGCCAUAGCAAUUUUGCAAUUUCACAUGUGAAAUUACAAAUUAACGCUGAAAUUUCGCGGCAAAAUUAAGGAGUAAUUCGUCACCUAUAAUAUUAACAGUUUAAUUUCAGGAUAUGAUAGGAGGGGCUACCUAGGCGGUUUCUCGUUCGGAACGAAAGCCUUGAUAUGUGGGAAUUUUUUUGAAGUGUUCUUUGUAUUUUGAAGGUCUUUCUCGUGCUAUCUAUAUGGAAUGGUUGCAGGAAUUCAUUGCAGGCAAUAGCAAUCUCAACUAAGUUGAUAACUUAUGUGAGUAGUUUUCGAAAUCAGUGACAGGCAACGAUUUGAUCUUUUUUCAGCAAUGUAAUAAAGCUUGGGAAAUGAAGUUUUUUGGUGAUUUGAUGGUCAAGGUACGUAACCGUUAUUGACAGUAUUGCAGUUUCACCAACAUGUUACUUGAAAAGUGAAUUCGCGUACUUUCAAAAUAAUCUAAAACAACACACCAGGACGUUUCACGUCGUAGUUGCCCUGAGAAUUUAAAGCGAAAUGUACCAAAAGGUUUGCUGCAUGUACAGCUGGUUUUGUCAGGGAGCUAAAGCAACCAAUACGAUGACACAACCAAUUGCUUUUGAAUUUCACAGCAAAAUGGCUCGCUGCAUUACACUUUUUGGUUCAUUUCUUUGAUGUCCAUGGUGCAACUACUACGUGAAACUUCCAAUGUCAUGUUUUGUGAGGACGUGAGCAACGACUAGUGGGGCAAAUUUAUCUUUAUUUUUUUGAACUUGGAUACAGACAUUAAGAAUUCAACUCCAGGAAAAUUCACCCAUAUUUGACAAAUUAAGCCGAGGCAAAACAGACGUAACUAAAUUUAUUUGAAAAAGGAGACAUUCAUUUUUUGUGAUGUUUUCUCUGCUGUCGUCCUUCAGGGGUCUAUUUAGUAAAACUUUUACAAGUGUAGUUUACAAGUUUAGCCAUUGUUUUAGACUCUGAAAACAAUAGCUACACUUGUAAAUUACACUUCUAGAAGUUUAAUCAAAUUGACCCCUGGUUGCUUAUCCCUUUAACUUGAUCUUCAUGUAACUUCUUGUAAUAUCAAUACAUUGUCCAGCAAACAAGGAAUGAUGAGAAUAGGCCAAUUUAUCAACUUGAGGAUCUUAUCUUAAUAUAACUGCAAAAUUAUCUUAAAUAAUGUACAAAAAAAUAAGCAGCAGACAGAAAAGAAGAAAUACUAGUCAGAUCUUGGGAACUAAAGGGUUAUGCUUCCUGUUUUCCCAUCGCUGUUUUCGCCAUACUUGCCUAAGCACUCCAUUGUCGCUAUUUAGUCAGUGAGAUGUUACUGAAUUGGAACGUUGCGCUUGCCAACUUGUAAGCCAUUUAUUAAUGUUACUACCUUCGUAAAUAUUGCUGUUGUCUUGCAGAUGAACUUUCCAAACAAGGAUCAAACGAGCACUUUCUCGCAACUGACAGAGGUAUUUGUUAUAAGCCUAUAAUCUAAUAUAGACUAAUCCUAACCUUAAACAAUGCCAAGUACAAAAAAUGAUCUUUCUGUCCCAAAUGUUAAUAGAGACCGUGUCUUAGAUUCUAGGACGAGAAUGAGAUUUUCCUAAUACUACGUAGUGCGCGCGCGUGAACCAGCGUCAUUUUUGCGGGAAAAGGCGAUAGCGGUCGUCAUUGUACUUCGAGUUUUUGUGAAAAUGUGGUAGUGACGGGAGCAAAAGUUAGAAGUUUCAUCAUUUUGCGAUUGGGUGAGAGCUUUACCUCCUUCUACAUAACCCUUCUGGUGAAAAAAAGAAAAAUAUAAUGAAGCCUUCCGGUGUGUCUUUCUUGCGCCCUCGUUAUCGUCCGUGUCCUGGAAUCUAAAGGUCUCUAAUCUUUACUUUUAAGAAAGUGGAAGCCAUCCCUGCACUUGUGUUUUCAUAUUCAUUUCUUGUGCUUAGUAUGUGAAUUUUCCCCCAGGACACCGACCUGUUGGCUGUCCUUGGUGAUUUGCUGGACACAGAUGAUGUUGGAAGAUUGACAGCUAAACAAACCCUACAACAAGCAUACUUCUGCAAGUGCCUUUGAUCAACGGUUAUACCCCGUUGAUUUCUGAACUGGCCUGUAUUUAUACAGGCAGAGAACAAAGAGACUGCCUGUUUUUUUAAUCGUCAUAUUUAGGAGUUGUUCCAUUUGGCCAGUAUUGGCGCUGAUAUUAUUGUGCCUUUUAAGAGAUAAAAUGGCCCUGUUGUGUUGCCCUGGUCUUUGGGGCAUUUCGAUACAAAUCAUGUUACACGGUGCUUGCUAUCUGGUUAGCAGGUCCUUGAAAAGAGAAUUAAGCUUAACCACACUUAAAGGCCUGUAGCCUGCUUCUCAAAACCCAGUUACUUUUUGGUGCAACACGUUUUAUUUAAAAGUAGAACUCUUAAGAAAAAGAAUGCUGUCUCCAGGCCACAAAUCUGUUUAAUUUCUUUCUUUACCUUUAUUCAUACUUACAUUUCUAAGGGAAACAUGGCAAACAGAAAAUAGUUUUCCGGGCCCUAAAUGCUAAUGUGUGGGAGUUCACAUUAUUUCGCAAGAUAACUGUUAGCAUAGCCUGUUGGGAUUUUGGUUGCUUUUGUUUUCAGUUUUUCACAGAGAUUCUGUCGAACACCGUUCUACUUGAACUUUUCUCAAAAAUGGCAUGCAUAAUUAUGAAUAGUAUCAAAGAAAGUU